GCGCGAGCCUCAUACUUUCAAAUAUCUGUGGAAGGACGUAGGAGACGUAGUGGCGGUUGUGGAGUAUUAAAAGUUUGUUGUUGGAUUUUUUUUAUGAACUGUGUGAAGGAAAAAUUAUAAGUUUUUAUUGAUCAUUUUUCUCAAUAUUAGAAUGGCCCAUAAACAAAUUUAUUAUUCGGAUAAGUAUUGCGAUGAUAUCUACGAGUACAGGCAUGUCAUGUUGCCAAAAGAAUUAGCAAAGCAAGUUCCAAGAACACAUCUAAUGUCUGAAGAAGAAUGGAGACGUUUAGGUGUGCAGCAAAGUCUUGGAUGGGUGCAUUAUAUGAUACACGAACCAGAGCCACAUAUUCUGCUUUUCAGAAGACCGCUUCCAAAAGAUCACCAGAAAUGAGCUUCUUUUGAAUCCUUCAUAGAACUAUUCUGGACUUCAUAUAUUGUAGUAUUCAAUGAAUACUUGGAAUUGUACAAAUUAAGCCUUACUUGUGCAUGGGCUGUAUUCUUCACAGCAGCAGUGCUCAGUUAAUUUGGCAAAAAAUUAGGCUGCUGCAAUGUAUUUGAGUAAUACAGAAAGCAGACCAUAAGUAUUUUUUUCCUAAUAAAAUGCAGGUGCCUACGGUAGUUGCUUGUUUUCAUUCUCUGAAAAGAUACACAAGUUUUGAGAUAUUUGGAUCAAGUCUUGCUUUAUCUAGCCACUUUGAGGAUGGAAUUGCUACAUAGAUGUCUGCUUUGGAAGAUCUUGUACGGCAACAUAGAAGCAAAGACCUCCGUCUCCAGAGAAGUCUUUCAGGUAGAACGCGACCCUCCAUAACAUUCUAACAAGCUGAUGAAUGGGUGCAAUGUGUGACAGUGUAAUGGGCAAACCUCUGUACUUGUCAGCAAAUUACAUUAGCAGAGGAUAUCUACAGGUUGGAUGUAUAUACUUCUGAAACAUUUGCAUAGUUUUAUGUGGCUCUGUAUUUAUGUAUAUAAUACACUGCAUGUUAAAAUUUUCUUUACAUGGGACAGUAGUUUGCAUUUUUAGUAUUGGAUAUAAUUGCAUCUUUGUUUUUCCAUUCUUAGCACUUAGUCCACAAAUUACAAUUGCAACUUUUUUUAUUUUAAAGUUUAAUUCACACAGCGUAAAUAAAAUCUGUUUUGUGUCAAACUGA